UCUGCGACGUCAUUCGUCUGCUACUUCCGCAUUUCCGUCUCGCUUGAAGCUAAAGCUAAGCUAGGAGUGAAAUUGGUGUUUUUUGAAGAUGACGCAGCAGAAAACAGACAAUAUCAGCUCAGUCCCUAUCGACGGAUUUAGCAACUUGAGAAUAACGUCAAUAUGGACGUUUCUCAUGUCUGUGCAGUGGUCGGAGCCUUGGCUUAUUGGACUCAUAGUGUUUCAUGUUGUGUGUUUGUUUCUGACUGUAGUGUCCUGCAGGUAUUACAGAGCUCAGAUCUGCCACUUUCUGCUCAUCGUUAGCCUUGUUUACAGUGCUGAAUAUCUAAAUGAGCUGGCAGCCAUGAACUGGAAGGCUUUUUCUAAUUUCCAGUAUUUUGACUCAAAGGGCAUGUUCAUCUCUCUGGUCUACUCUGUUCCUCUUUUGCUCAAUGCAAUCAUCAUUGUGAUGGUGUGGGUGCACAGAACCUUUUCCACCAUGACUGAACUCAAGACACUUCAGCUGAAGAGGAAAGCACGGCGUGAGAAGAGAGAUAAGAAUGACUGAUCCCACUGAUGUCCGUACAUGGACUUCAUUUAGGGGCAUUAAUGCAAUUUCUCCCCUACUAAUCCUGACUUUUGGAAAGUAAAAGCAGAAUCUUACGUUGUGACUUUAAAUGGACUUUUGUCUCAUGGACAUAAUGUCAGAAAUUUGUCUACUAUUUUUGUCCCUGGUGUGAUGGUUAAACAAUGCUGCUGAGUGGACCUUUAACUCUAAAUCUUUAUGGAGACCAAAGACGUUUUGCUGUUUCGUAUUUAAUGUUUCAAAAUGCAACAUAAGGAACUUUUGUGUUGCUGUUUGGUUCAAGAUUAAAAUCAGAGAAGAAACAUGUUGAAGUGUUCUCAAACAAGGGGGUGUUAGAUGAACCUCCUUGUAUUCCUGUAACAACAAUUAGAAUGGGGCUUUGUCAUUGUGUGUCUAACAGCUAAAGACGAAUGUAUCUGUUAGAAUUUAAAUAGUCUGUUAUGAAGACACAUCAGACGUGACUGCUUUUGUGUUGAUUUGUGAUCAAUUAAAAAAGAACCACAUUUCUUAA